AUCUCAACUCAAAAUCCCCCUCUUGAAUGGUCGGAUCUAAAAUCAUCUGUAAACUAUAAUUUAUAUAAUGAUUCAUCAUAAAGCUUAAUAUCCUACGUUACCCUUUCGAUUCUGUAUAGCCAUAUAUAUGCGAUUUAUCGAAGACGGGAAUUUCACUACAAACCUAGGCAUCUGUAAUAUCUCCGAAUCCUGCAAUUUUAAACGGGACUUGCACUUGGUCUUGUAUGGCGAGAUUGCAUUUUUGCACUGGCAACAUGCCUAAUGAUGCUUGAACCUGGUCCAUCAUCAUGGAAGUUUUUCCGCAUUACAAGUGCACCACGAGACACUGAGUCUAAUACACAUGCAUGUGUUCAGAGACCCUAAGCUUCAUUGAGAGAAAAUAGGAGAUCCUAUAUUUGCUGGCAAAAAUAUUUGUUAAGUGGUUGCUGAAAAGAAUGUUGGAAGCAGUUGGAUGUUUUGUUCUUUGUGCCUAAUUUCCAUUAGAUGCUGAAUAUUGGCGAGGUCCCAGUUCAUUUCACCUGCAAAUAAUUUGAAGGUCAGGGUGUUGAAUUCAAAGGCAUUGUUGAGAAACUUAUUGUCUAGGUCAAAGUUGAGUAGAAGAAAACAUGAGGCGACAAGGUGGAUAUGGUGGUUCCAAUGUAAAUCCUCUGGUUGCUGCUCAGAUGCAGCAUAUUGCUGCUCAGAGAAUGCAACAUAAUCCUGGUUUGAACCCUUACCCAGCAAGGCCAGAUGUCCCACCCUCGGAGGAAGAGCAGCGCUAUAUGUCUGCGAAGGCAGAAGGUCACUGGCAGUGGGAGGGUGGUGAUACAAAGGGGCCAAAUAUGCCACCUCAUAUUUAUAAAGAAGGUCCAGGUCCUCCAGAUCCAGGCAGUGCGAACAUGCUUCCCACAGGCCCUGACACGGGUAGCCCCUUUUAUCCAGGUCAAAUGCCAGAUUCUAAAGGACAACCGGAAAAAGCAAAUGUCAAAGAUGUCAAAGGAUCUGAGCAUGAGCAGCAAAUGGAUGCUGGCUAUCAAGAAUCUUUACCUCAGACACUAGAGUUACUUGAGCAGAAAUUUUUGGAUGAGAUUAUGAAGCUGUCAAAGGAGCAAAAUGAUGCAGAGGAUGAAGAAAACAUCAGGCACCAAGAGCGUACUAGAGAGAUAAAUUAUCAAUAUCAAGAGAAGUUAAGAGCAAUGCGAGCUCAACAGGCUAAAUAUCGUGAAGAAUUUUUACGCCGAGAAGCACAAAUGAGACAACAGCAAUAUCAACAGGCAACCUUAAGUCAGCUACAGCAUAAUCCUGGUGGUCCAAUGGGUGCAUACAAUGAGAAUAUGCAUGAUCAUCAUGGUCAUGGUGCAGGGCUUGGGGAGGGUCACCCAGGCUACCCUGGAGCUUAUGACUCUUAUAAUAGGGACAGGGCAGCAUUCUAUGGUAGUGGUGGACAUCCAUUCAACAGAAAUCAAGGAUACGAUGCAAGGGGACCUUACCCUGGGGGCCGAGUGUAUGACUCAGCUCCACGCUAUUACUGAAAUCUUCAUACAUUAGUGUUGAAUUGAGACUUUUAAAGUCAGGUGCAUUCUUUUCAUCAAUUCUGGAGUUCAUGUCAAACUUCUAGUUGUGAGUUGAUGCGAAAAAGAUUUUACUGCAUCUUUUCUUCCAUUUCCUUAGUAUAGUUUUUAUAUCCUAAUAUAAUCUGUUGAUCUCCGGCCACAUAUAUUCUCAGUACAUUUAUAUUUCAAGUACAACCCAUCUUAUCUUGUGGUUCAAGAUUUCACAAGUUGGGGACAAAGAGUUGACUAUAGUUGAUGAUAAUUGAUUUCGUCCAGCAUAGUCUAUCUUUAGUGGUAGAGAUUUUGUAAUUGAAUUUCUCAAUUUAAUUGUUGGUAGCAUUUGAGCCUGCCAACCUGUUUGAGGACGAA